ACAACCGCUGGGUGCUCCCGCACCCGUCCCUCCCCGCCACCCUGUACCGCGAGCACGCCAUGGCCCUGCGGACCUUCGCCCACAUGCAGGCCCUGCACGCCGCCCACCCGCACACCGCGGGGAUCACCUUCCUCAAGGGGAUCGAGUACCUCGAGGCGCCCGGGCCGGCGUACCUGGAGCCGCCGCCGGCGCUGCUGCGCGACCUGCCCGGCUUCCGCCUGCUCGACCCGUCCUCGUCGGACUCGUCUGACUCCUUCCCCCGCGACGGCCGCGUCGUCUGGGGCUGCGAGUACGACACGUGGUGCGUCAACCCCAUGGUCUACUGCGCCUUCCUCCUGCGCCGGUUUGUCCAUCGGGGCGGGCGCGUCGUGCAGCUAGAGCGGGAGCUGCGCAGGCCCGAGGAGGCGUUCGCGCUGCCGCUGGUCGGGGACGGAACUCUGAGGGCGGGGGCGGGGGCGGGGGCGGGCGGUGGUGAUGGUAAUGGUGAUGGCGUCGGCGAGGUGGCGGCGGUCGUGAACGCCUCUGGGACGGGCAUCGUGCCGGACCCGGACAUGACCAUCACGCGCGGGCAGACGUGUCUGGUGGCGGAGGACUGCGACGCCACGGUGACGCGGCAGAAUGCGGAUGGGAGCUGGACCUUUUGUGUCCCCCGCGGGUUCGAGGGCGGGACCAUCAUCGGCGGGACGAAAGAGCUGAAUAAUUGGGACCCAAAGCCCUCGGUGGAGGUGAGGGAAAGGUUACUGAGCAAGUUCAUCGAGACGUAUCCCAAGAUCCUGGGCGACAAGCCGAAGUUGACGGUGAUCAGGGACAUCGUGGGCCGCAGGCCCACAAGGAAUGGGGGCCCACGAGUCGAAGGGGAGGUCGUUCCGGGAGCUGGGUUUGUGAUGCAUGCGUAUGGACUGGGCGGGCGAGGGUACGAGCUGUCAUGGGGCGUUGCUGAGGCAGUGGUCGAGGGCGUGGAGAAGCACGUCAAAGGGGGGGAAGAGAGGAAGUUGUAGGAUGCGGGCUUUGACCUUGGAUAUCGGACACAGAUAUCGACAUAACCCCUCCAGACAAUACAAGUCUAUGCUAAAUUUCACUUCCACCUCCAUCCACCUUGCGUGUUUGGGUUAACAAUACAUGUACAGAGUUGCGUAUCUGCCCUCAGCGGUGCGGGACAGAGCCCGGGUAGCCCUUUCAUCUUCCACCACCCCAACGC